GGCCUCAGUGAUCUGCACGAUGCCGCCGUGAUCGUACGGCAUCGUACUUUUCCUGGCGACACGCGGCACGCAUCACGUGGCACCACACACCGCGUACGCGCUCCUGCCUCCUGCGGCGCGACUACGUCCAACGUCCCUCGCACCGACGCGCUGCACCGAUCCGGGGGAGAAACGACGCCCGCCGACGACGCUCGCGCGCGACAACAAAUGCGUCAGUGAUCCCGCCGCCGGAUAUAUGCCCGGAGAAGUCCGAUAUGAGUACAGACGGAAACACGUUCUCCGGGAGAAGAUGACCCCACGUCGUCGCGUCUUGGCAGGAAUUCGCCGUGCUAUUUUUGCCGCUGGUGUCCUGGCGCUCAUCGUCCUGAUACUGUCGGGCCAGGAUGGCACCAACACCCUGCAGCACGGGAAUUCGCUGGAGGACGCGAAUCUGACGCCGGAGGAGAAAAUAUUGGAGCAGAUUACGACGGCGGAAACUGAGCAACGUCUAACAGCCAGGCGGAAAUUUCUGGCGGAAAAAUGUGCCGAGGAGGGUCUCGAUCGUCCUGGCAACGACUCGCUUCACAGGCCGAACGCCUGGGAGUUCCUUGUAAAUAGAGAAUAUCACCUUAUAUGGUGCAAUGUUUUCAAAGCAGCAUCCACAUCAUGGAUGUAUAACUUUAAUUUACUUGCGGGAUACAGCCCGCAAUUUCUGAAGGCCUCCAAAGCAGUGCCAGUCUCGCUAGCCAGACAGAGGUAUCCUAGGCAUAGCGCGGAAGAGCUGGCUAAAUAUCUAAACGACAGCAUCAGUUUCCUGAUAGUGCGGCAUCCCUUCGAGAGAUUGCUCAGCGCUUAUCGAGAUAAACUGGAGCACAGCCUGCCGCACACAUUUCACAGCAACCUCGGUGCACACAUAGUUUGGCAUUACAGAGCAAGGGAUUCGAAGACGAAUACAAGGCAAGGACCUAGAUAUCCGCUCUUCGAGGAAUUUGUCCGAUGGCUGUUAUGCCAAUGGAGGGCGGGGAACGAUCUCGACAUGCAUUGGACACCAGUCGUGAACUUCUGUACACCCUGCCAAGUGCGAUUCGACGUGAUAGCUAAAUUCGAGACGCUACAUGACGACCAAGACUAUCUCAUAAAGCAAGCUCAUGUGGGGCACAUCAUCAAACCCGAGUGGAAAAAUCCUACUAAGGGCGUCCAGACGAAAGAUGUUAUAAAAAAUUAUUUUACGCAAUUAUCCAAAACACAGAUUGACGAGCUCUACGAAAUGUUCAGGUAUGACUUCGUGCUCUUCGAUUAUUCACUCGAAGAGUACUUAGCGUUUGGUAGGGAUGAAAUCACUACACUAACGUGUAAGUGAUUGGCAUUUCUCCUGGCAUUUCGUCUAUGCUUAAAAUGUGUGAGACAGUACAUGAAAUGGAACGAGGCAUGCGACACACAACGAAAUCGUAGGUAGCGCUUAAACGAAUUUGGAGGGAUAAGAAGUGUGACACUCGAAUAUAUGUAUAUAGUGACGAUCAACGCAUUUCUUAUAUGGGACUUCAAAAGGAUGGAAGGAUAUGUCCUGGUUUUGUAAUUUACACAUGUAAACUGUGUUGUCAUAUUGAACAUUUUGAUAGUGCAUAUGUUAAAGUUUAUCUGUUAUUGUUAUACUGAGAUUAGAGGAUAUAGAUCUCAAUGAAAAUUUACGAUAAAUAAGGACGAUGCAAACGUUUUGCAAAUAUGAACGUACAGUUCGUUGCUUGCGUACUUAAAUUGUUAAAAUAAACUAAAUUUUUACAAAUUUACGACUAUCAGCUUGGAGAAAGCUGUAUCUCAGUAUCUUGAUCAUUCAAAAUUUUCGAUCUCUCAAUUAUCUUCCGUUUCAAUGGCGUAUGAUAUAGAUUGAGUUAGGUUCCAUUAGUAAUAAAAGUUGCUGAAGCCUUUAAAUAGAAAUGCAAUAAGAUUAAGAAAAGUCUAGAUAGAUUGAAAGAAUUUUAGUACGUGACACGCGCGACAUUGAAGAGAAUUUGUGAUAGUCUCAGUUUUGCAUGAAGCAACAAGAAUAUCUAAUUACGCCACCGAGUUGUGUCCGCGACAACUGCACAAUAAUCUUUGUAAGCAUAAAUGUAGUACCACUGUAACGAUGGUAAUAGUACUGCCUCAAGGAAACAUGGUGCAAAAUAUUAAGGUAACUAACUUAAUAUCACAUAACAUCACUUUAAGAUGCAAACAUUUUGUAGAAUUACGUUGUUUCGAGAAAUAAUAAAAAACGUAUAUUUCCGAGUAAAAAACAUUGAGUCAAUCAACAGUAACAUUUGCAUACGUUUCAUUACAGUAGAAAUUAAUUAAAAUAAUUGGAUACAAGGUUCAAAUCUCAAAUGAAAUAUUUGUCUGCGUGAUCGCUCAACGAUUGUAUUUGAAUGACGCAAAAAUAUCUCGGCGUUACGGAUUUCUAUACUCGCAAAGUAAAACACAUUGUUGAAUAAAGAUUAUUUGUACGAUA